CCGCAAGAAAACCAGCGCGAGCGUCCACAGACUCCCAACGCCGGCCAGCAGAAGCGAAACCCUAGCGCUCGCCUGCUCUUCCCUCCGUUGACCUCGCUCGGAGCUCCGGCCCGCCUCUCCUCUCGCGCUCGCUCUCCGGAGGGAGCAUCCCCAGCGCCGUCGAACUCGGAUGACGAGUGCUUGGACAAAUAUGAGCUUUGCAGUCAUUCGUAGGGAUUUAGAGAGGGAGUGGGAGAAUCAGGGAGGAGUAAUGGGUAUUUUUUUAAAUAACUGGAGACCUUGGUCACUCCCAGAAGAUCUAUACAUCUGCGAAUUUUCUGGAGGGGAUCUGGAGAUCAAAUUUGUUUUCGAAUUUAAUAUAGCUUUGGAGCAUCUUGGAGCAAAUGAGCAGUGGAGCUUGUGGAGCAUGGCUCACCGCGGGAUUGCUCUCUUGUGAAUAACUUUUGAGAUAGAAAUGAGUAGCCGCUUUUCUCGCACAAUCUACGUUGGCAACCUGCCAUCUGAUAUAAGGGAAUGGGAAGUCGAAGAUCUGUUUUACAAGUAUGGAAGGAUAUUGGAUAUUGAGCUGAAGAUUCCGCCUCGUCCUCCGUGUUAUUGUUUUGUGGAGUUUGAGACCUCUCGAGAUGCCGAAGAUGCAAUUAGGGGUCGUGAUGGAUACAAUUUUGAUGGCUGUCGUCUACGGGUUGAACUUGCUCAUGGUGGUAGAGGACAACCAUCUUCAAGUGAUCGUCGUGGUAGCUAUGGUGGUGGUGGUGGUGGAGGUGGAGGUGGAGGUGGAGGUGGUGGGGGGCGCUUUGGUAUCUCACGCCAUUCGGAAUACCGAGUCAUUGUUCGAGGGCUUCCUUCUUCUGCAUCCUGGCAAGAUUUGAAGGAUCAUAUGCGGAAAGCUGGUGACGUUUGCUUUGCGGACGUUGCGCGUGAUAGUGAAGGGACUUAUGGCAUUGUUGAUUACACCAACUAUGACGAUAUGAAGUAUGCUAUUCGGAAACUUGAUGACACUGAAUUCAGAAAUCCCUGGGCGAGAUCUUAUAUACGGGUGAAAAAACAUGAAAACAGUCCUUCUAGAUCUCGCAGCAGAAGCCGCAGUAGAAGCAGAAGCGACAGAAGGGAACGAAGUAAAUCACCGGGUCGAUCUGCAUCAAAAUCGCCAUCUAGAUCUAGAUCAGCAUCUCCAGUCAAGUCUUCCAGACCAAGGUCCAGAUCAAGGUCAGCAUCUCCCCGCCAGGUGAGAUCAGGUAGUGGCUGAUUCCUUGUAGCAGAAAUCCCGGUGCUCAUUGCUGUAAUGAAGAAAGUGAGUGAGUUAGGGAACUUUGGGAACCAUCUUUGUUGGGAUUAUGAUGCGUUAGUCCAAGAACUUUAGGUACUCGAGAAUGCCUGAUACUGUUUUGUGACGGUACUUUAGUGUUGGAUUUUUCAAUGCGUCGUCUGAAUAUCAUGUAGCUUGCUAUCGAGAUCUUUGAAGAUGCUAUGGUAGUGGUACUGUUGGAGAUGA